AUACUCCGAAUUAGCUCAACUACUAUUUUCAUUUUUCUUUUUCUUUUUCUUUUUGAAUCCAUCGUCAUAUCAUCUCUUGGGUAUGCCAGAGAUACCAAUCACUCUAUUCCUUCAACAACAACAACCACUUCAUCCAAAAAACAAGAAGAAAAGCUAGCAAGAUCAAUUAACUUGUUUCUCGAAGAUGAGGUUAGUAUCUUCAAGGAUAACUCUUCAGUUGAUAUUCCAAUCCUUGUUGAGAAGGAAUUUAGGUUUCCUUUUCUUCCUGCUUCGGACCCUUUAAUUGAAAACGUUACUCGUUAUGUUGGUUACUUAAGUAUUCCGCAUACUACGGAUGCAAGGAUGUUCUACUACUUCUUUCGAUCACGAAAUAGUAAAGAUGAUCCAAUUGUGAUAUGGUUGAUCGGAGGGCCAGGAGGCAAUAGUGUCAUUUCAAUAUUUACCGGAAAUGGUCCUUUUCGUAUUGAAAAGGACAACUCAAAUAACCUCUACCUAAAAUGGCAUGAUUAUGGUUGGGAUAUGAUAUCAAACAUUAUAUAUGUUGAUCAACCUAUCGGAACAGGUUUAAGUUAUACUUCUAACAAUAAUAAUAUAAGACACGAUCAAAUUGGUAUAAGCAAUGAUUUGUAUAAUUUUUUGCGGGAAUUCUUUAAACUAUAUCCUGAUUUUGUUAAAAAUGAUUUUUUCAUAACUGGACAAUCUUAUGCCGGCCACUAUGCUCCUGCUUUGGCUUCUAGAAUACAGGAAGGGAAUAGAAGAAAUGAGGGAAUUCAUAUAAAUCUUAAGGGAUUCGCCGUUGGUAAUGGACUUACAGAUUUUAAAAUUCAAUACCCAUCAAUACCAGAUUAUAUUUGGUCUGAGAAUCUAUUUACACUCGAGCAGUACAAGCAAAUAAAGCAAUUGAAUCCACAAUGUGAAUCAGAUAUAGAAACUUGUCGUGCCUAUUGUCUUUGGCAUUCAAUUACUUCUUUUUUCAAUGUAUAUUAUUUGUACAUGUUAUGUUACAUUUGUUAGGACAUUUGGUCUCUGGAGAAGAGAAUAGCUUCGUGAAUACAUUCUUAGCAUUUGUUGAACUAAUUAAGAUUAGUUAAACAAUAAAAUGUAC